ACUGGAACUGUUCCAGUGGAGCAGAUGGAGAAUUGGGAAAUCACUAGGAAGCGUGUAGCUCAAGCUGCUUCCUCCAUUCUCGGGACAUCUGCCUUGAUUGCACACGAAAUUCUCGUCACCUCCGUCGAUUUAGUCGAGCUUGCUCCAGUGCCAGGCCUUCAGGCCGCGGCAAGGACCUUGCUACAGAUCUGGGCUUGUUUGCAACAAGUUGAUUCCAACCGCCUCCAAUGUCUCCGCCUCACCGAGCACUGCGCUGAUAUCCUUCUCUCUGUCCGUCAAGAAGUGUAUGAAGCCGGGGAUGAAGUCGAAGAUGAGUUGCGAUUACCGUUUGAUAAGUUGACAGAAUUGUUCAAUGACGUCCAUGCACUCCUCGUCAAACAAGCCGGGAGACCAUUCUUGAAGAGAUACCUGAAGCGAGACGAGAUUUCGAAACAACUUCAUCAAUGUGACGUAGGGUUACAGGAGGCGCUGGGUAUGUUCAGCAUUUCGAUUCAAAUCCGUAUUCUCAAGCAAGUGCAGCUCGCAGAAGCUCGAAGACAGCAUGAUACCCAGGAAUUGUUGAGGAGUGUA